GGAUCAACAUUUGACUAAACUUUGGUUGAGGACUCUGGACAGCGUUUUGCGCAGACUCUCCGACAUCCACAGGACCAAGGUACCCUCCUUUGCAACAUGCGAGCGGCGCGCACUGCAAGGUGAUGGUUUUGUGCGCCAAACUUGCGCAAAGAAGCUGACAACGAACCAAGGACCACACAAUGUCUGCAAUACGCAGGAAAUUUGGAGAGGACUAUCAGGUGGUAAACACCGAUCGGGGCAUGACUUUUUCAGCGCCCGUAAAAAAGAAGAGACAGCGCUUUGUAGAGAAGAACGGCCGCUGUAAUGUGCAGCACGGUAACCUUGGGGGGGAGACGAGCCGGUACAUCUCCGAUCUGUUCACCACGUUGGUGGACCUAAAGUGGCGCUGGAACCUGCUCAUCUUCAUUCUCACUUACACUGUGGCAUGGCUGGUUAUGGCAUCCAUGUGGUGGGUAAUCGCCUAUAUCCGUGGGGACCUGAGCCACGGCGGCCACGACUCGUCCUACACCCCGUGCGUCGCGAACGUUUAUAACUUUCCUUCUGCAUUUCUGUUCUUUAUUGAAACCGAAGCCACCAUAGGCUACGGUUACCGCUACAUUACCGAGAAGUGUCCGGAAGGCAUCAUUCUGUUUCUCUUCCAGUCGCUUCUGGGCUCCAUCGUGGAUGCGUUCCUCAUCGGCUGCAUGUUCAUCAAGAUGUCCCAGCCCAAGAAGCGCGCGGAGACGCUGAUGUUCAGCCAGGACGCCGUGGUUUCUCAGCGGGACGGCAAGUUGUGCCUCAUGUUCCGAGUGGGCAACCUGAGGAACAGCCACAUGGUGUCUGCGCAGAUUAGGUGCAAACUCAUCAAGUCGCGGCAGACUCCAGAGGGUGAAUUCCUGCCUCUGGAUCAGUGCGAGUUGGACGUGGGUUUUGGGACAGGGGCUGACCAGCUCUUCUUGGUGUCUCCGUUGACCAUAUGCCACGAGAUCAACACUAAGAGCCCGUUCUUCGACCUGUCCCAGCGCUCACUGAUGAAUGAACAGUUUGAGAUCGUGGUGAUCCUGGAGGGCAUCGUCGAGACCACUGGUAUGACCUGCCAGGCCAGGACGUCCUACACUGAAGAUGAGGUUCUGUGGGGUCACCGCUUCCUCCCGGUCAUGUCCUUGGAGGAGGGCUUCUUCAGGGUGGACUAUUCCCAGUUCCACAACACCUUUGAGGUCCCUACUCCCCCAUACAGCGUCAAAGAGCAAGAAGAGAAAUCCUCCAUAACAUCCCCCAACCCACUGCCCGUCACACCCACGCCUCCUUCACCUUCACUGGGCAACAAUGGCGGGCGUGUACUUGGGCGCAAGGAGCGACUCUUAUCGGCUGACUAUGCAGAUCACAUAGAGGAUCAAGCCACCAGGAUACCACCCAAACUCCAGCGAAUGAGCUCAACGAAAGAGGAGAACCUUUGGAGGGGGCUGAAGACAGGUACAGCUCUGCCAGGGGGGAAAGCCUCCAGCACGGGGGACUUACCGCUCAGUAUCCAGAGGCUGAGGUCCAGCUCUAUCCCCGUGGUGAGGCAGGGACACUUGGAGGAGCAGGUGCAGCUGUUACCUUUGGAUGGAGAAGCGGAGGAGGUGGAGAUGGAGAGAGACAGACUGGUAUCUCCGGGCAUCAGCACCAUCACACAGGGGCAGGCUCCACUGGGAGGAGGGAGGCCCGAGGACAACCUGCCCGCCAAACUGCGCCGGAUGAACGCAGACCGCUGACUCGUGCUGCUGGCUGUGGACAUGCAAAAAUGUUACAAAAACAGUUGGGGCACUGUGUGAAAUGUGUUUUUAAUUCAAAAGCUCAAGUCAAAUUUUGUUUCUAUAGCAAAAAACAACCACAGUUAACCAAAGUACAGAACAGGCCAUAAAGAUACAGUCACUAAAAAGUUUAAAACAGGGUUAAAACAGCAUUAAUCAAUACAAAAUACCAUGGGGCAACUAUUAAUUUAAUGAUUUUAUGGAGACGAGCCAUAAAUUAAGCAAGACAAGGAAGAUUUUGUCACCAAUAUAAAUCUGGGUUGAGGAUUUUGUUUCUAUACACCAGCUCCAGCCCUCCAUCUGAGUGAGACAUUUAAUGACAAACAGAAAAUGCAUGCAAUUUGCACAUUUAAUAAAGCAACAGUAUCAUUUGUAGACGAUAAAAAAUAAGAAAAACAUCUCCAGGUGAUGAAACCAAGGUGUAAACCUGAAAAAAUGUGUCAGAUCUGCUUUCAUCAUGACAAACUAAUGAAAAAACAGCUUGAGGAUUAUUUAGAAACCAUUUAAGUCCAGUUGCCAACAUUUCUGUUUGAUUGGCUCAUAUGAACAUUGUAGGGGAGGGUAUUAGGUUUAAUGAGGCUGAUACAAAUAUACAAAAAUACUUGUGUAUGGUGUGAGAUAAGCUUUAUUAUCCAUCCCAGUAGGUGACAGAAUUUCUUUCUUUGAUAAGGCACAACAUUCAUCAUAAAAGUCACAAGAUGCGUAUAUUUAAAAACAUUUUACAAUAAAAGACAAGAGCUCAUGUGUCCAUCAGCUGUUAUAGUGGGUUAACUCAACAGAUUGUAUUAUGGAAUCAAUUAUUAUAGAAGAUGUUUAUUCUUAUAUUAUUUUUAAUUGUUUUGUUUACAUUUCACACCGUGGCCCAACUUAUUUUUAAAUAAUUGGGGUUAUUAGACUCCUACUUGAAUCAGGCAUAACGGGCAUUUAACAAGGAUACUGUGUUUUAGAUUUCUACAGAACACUUUGACCUUUACUUAGCGACGCUCCGUUGAGUUGCUACUAUUAGAAGGGCAACACUAAUAAGCCAUUCAUCCGCUCAUACUGUGAGUCAUUUUUUGAUAGACCACCAUCUGUGCCCACCCUACGGACUCCUCACACUUUCUCUCUCUCUUUUGCUUAUUCUGCAUAAAAUUAUAUCAAAUGUUUCUUAAAAUUGAAAUAUUUUGUGAUUUGUAAAGCACCAAAGUGUCAAUAGCAAAUGUGUCAAAGGGGCUUGUACCAGUCAGGCAUAAGAUUAGGAUCAAAUCAUUCAAUUUUAAUUUUGUUUUAUUCUUUGUCUUUGGACUAAAAUGACUUUUUCAGCUUUAGCCAAAAUGUAGUCAAAAAAGUGUAUUUACUUUUACUCUGGGUUUACUACAUUCAUAUUAGUUUUAUUCAACUAGAAAAUAUCUUAUUUAAAAUAUGUUUAUUUUAACUUAGUGUGUUUCUUGGAUGUUGAGUUUAUUUAUUGUCUGUGUCGGGCUCUAUGACCUUCACUUGUUCCUUUCAUUUAUUCAUGGUUACCUUUUUUUAAUUGGACAAAUAUAAUAGUAUUUUCAGCCAUAGUUUUAGUGAACAAAAAGACAAGACAUCUCCAUAAUGAAGAGAUGACCUUUUAUCAGUGGUCAUAAUGUUAUGCCUGAUUGUUGUAUUUACAUUCUUAAAAUGACACCAGAUUUGAGCAGCUUGUAUUACAUUUCUUGAUGUAAUUUAAAUUAGGAUUCUUUCAUAUUUUACUAUUUGGUGCAUAUGCCUGUUUUCUGCAUGGGUGGGUGUAAUUCCACUAUAGAGUGAUGGAAAUGAAAAGAAUCUAUCCAGGACUGCAGGGAUGCUUACAUCAGGG